AUGAUUGAUGGAUCAACAAUACAGUCCAUUUUUGGGCCAUUUGGAAGCGAAGAUUCGUUGCUUCCAUUCUUUGGUCCAUUGACGUUGUGGGUUGGCAUGUACACCUACAGUCACGUCAAGGGCACGAGUUACCAAGAUUGGCCUAUUCCACACAACACGCAUCACUUUUUUGGGAUGAUAUUUGCCACACUUUCGAUCAUCUACGACAACGAAGAAAUAUUUCCAGAAAGAGUUGGGGUUCUGUGGACGCUUUCCUUCUUUGUGAUUGAUUUCAUCGAUUGUGUUCGGGUGAUGCACACUGCCUAUCUAUUCCACGCGGUGUGUGUUUUGUUUUUGAGUUCUUGCAACUUGAUGAAUCCGAGCUUUUACCGUUUGAGAAUGAAUUCCAGAGCAAUGUAUUUGGAACUUAGUAGUCCAUUCAUGCACCUGAGCAAGAAAACGAGAAAUCCGUUGCACUUUGCAAUCUUCGCCUUAAUGUUUACAUGUUGUCGGGUCGUCUGGAUCCCACUCAUCAUGAAACGUCUGCUUGAUGAUGGAUUGCCAUGGACGGACUACAAGUUCUUGGUUGUGAUUGCCUUUUAUGGGCUGAACCUCUUUUGGUACGCGAAAAUCUUACGAAUAAUUAUCUUUGGGCCUCCACAAAAGGAGGACAAGAAAGAAGGGUAG